AUGGACGUGUGGAAGGAUAGACUCUUGGAAGUGAUAAUCACACAAGGAGGCUACAUACCAGUGUCUGUCCUUGAGACCUACUCCCUGAAAGUCAGGCAUGGUUUCGGCUCUUGCAAAGACACAGCAAACCUCAUGGGGAUCCCAGGCAGCCUCGUACUGCGUACUGUGUACUGCGUGGCUCCGUUGGCCAGUCUGCCGCUGCUGCGGAGGAGCGGGGUGCUGGAGCAGUCAGGGCCAGGGCGGGGGCGACGGCGGCGUGGGAACCAGGCGCAAGCUGAGGAGGAGGCUGCUACAGUCAGCACACACCCCUGUCUGGUCAUGUUCCCUUCCAAGUCCACUGCUAUCGCACUGGCAAUUCUUCAAGACUGGUGCGGGUGGAUGGGUGUCAAUGCUCAGCGCUCACUACUCAUCCUGGGCAUCCCCGAUGACUGUGAGGAAGAAGAAUUCCAGGAGGCUGUUCAGGCUGCCCUCAGACCCCUGGGGAGGUACCGAGUGCUUGGCAAGGUCUUCAGAAAGGAGAUUGGGGCAAAGGUCGCUUUGGUUGAAUUUGCUGAUAAUUUAAACCAAAGCUUGAUUCCCCAACAUAUACCAAAUGAGAGGGAGCCCUGGACUGUGAUCUUCCAGCCUCGGGUGCCUGAUAUAGAGUUGCAGGGUACAUUCAAUUUCCCUGCACAGGCUCAUGGGCAAGCUUUUGAAGGGGCUUCAGGUGGGGCAGGGGUUUCAGGUGGGGCAGGGGCUUCAGGUGGGGCAGGGGCUUCAGGUGGGGCAGGGACUGCAGUUCAGGAAGGAGAUGGAGAUGAGCCAGGGGUUGUGGGUGAAGCAGAAGGAGCAUCUGAGGAUCAGGCAAGAGUGUCAGACGAGGAAGGAACAGACAGUGUGGAAGGGGGAGCGGAUGCGGCUCCUCCUGUCUCCUUCGUACAGGAGGAAGGAGCUGCAGCUGAGGCAAGAGUGUCAGGCGAGGAAGAAACAGAGGAUGAGGAAGGAGACCAUGAGGCAGGAAGAGCAGCUGAGGAAGAAGCUGCUGCUGAGGCAAGACUGUUGGAUGAGGAAGUGUCAGAGGAUGAGGAAGGAGUUAUAGAUGAGGAAGGAGUUAUAGGUGAGGAAGUGUCAGAGGAUGAGGAAGGAGUUAUAGAUGAGGAAGGAGUUAUAGGUGAGGGAGGAGUUAUAUAUGAGGAAGGAGUUAUAGAUGAGGGAGGAGUUAUAGAUGAGGAAGGAGUUAUAGAUGAAGGAGGAGUUAUAUAUGAGGAAGGAGUUAUAGAUGAAGGAGGAGUAGUAGAUGAGGAAGGAGUUAUAGAUGAGGAAGUGUCAGAGGAUGAGGAAGGAGUUAUAGAUGAGGGAGGAGUUAUAUAUGAGGAAGGAGUUAUAGAUGAGGGAGGAGUUAUAUAUGAGGGAGGAGUUAUAUAUGAGGGAGGAGUUAUAUAUGAGGCAGGAGUAAUAGAUGAAGCAAGACUGUCAGAUGAGGGGGCUAUGGAUGAGGAAGAAGAUAUAGUUGAGCCAGGAGCUGAAAGAAUGCCUGAGGAGGAAGGGGCCGGAGGUGAUAUGGGAAUUGCAGGUAUUAUAGGAGCUAUAGGUUGGGCAGGAGCUGCAGGUGAGGUAGGAGCUGCAGGAGAAGGAGGCAUUUUAGAGGUAGGAGCAGGUGAUAAUGGGUCUGCAGGUGAUGAGGAAUUUGUGGGUGAUGAAGAGUCUGAAAGUGACGAAGGAUCUGCAGGGGAUGAAGGAUCUGUGGAUGAUGGUGGGCCUGUGGGCGAAGCAGGAGACAUAGAUGAGGAUGAGGAAGGAGCUGUAGGUGAGGCAAGAUUGUCGGAUGAAGAGGGAGCAGCAGGUGACAUGGGAGUUGCAGGCAUUGUAGGAGCUGUGGGGUUGGCAGGAGCUGCAGGUGAGGCAGGAGGUUCGGGUGAAGAAGGGGCCUUUGAUGUGGCAGGAGGGGCACACGGAGCUGGAGCCUGGACCCAGCAGUGGAGUCAAGCCCUGCAGCCCAUCCUGGAAAACAUGGCCUACCAGGAACUGAGACACUUCUCUGGGAUGGAAGAGCCUGGCUGUGGGGGUCAGUCUUUUGAAAGCUGGCUGGACCAUGCCAAUGACAUGCUAUACCUGUGGCGCCACGUAUCUGAGAGCGAAAGGAGGCGGCGGCUGGUGGAGAGCCUGGGGGGCCCUGCCCUGGAUCUCCUGUGUGAGCUUCUGGAAGAGCACCCAGACACGCCUGCACAGGACUGCCUGGCUGCACUGGUGCAAGUGUUUGGCAACAAGGAUACUGUAAUGACGGCGAGGCUGAAGUUCCUGACUUGCUCCCAGCAGCCUCAGGAAACCCUCUUUGCCUAUGUGAUGCGCCUGGAAGGUCUGCUGCAGAUGGCCAUGGAGAAGGGGGCCAUCCAGCCUGCAAUGGUAGAUCAGGCGAGGGCACGACAGGUGCUGAUGCGGGCCCGGCCUAACCAGAUGCUGCAGAACAACCUGAGGAGGAUGCGGUUAGAGAGGAGGCCACCAGGCUUUCUGGGGCUGCUCAGGCUUGUCCGGGAGACUGAAGCAUGGGAGGCAGCUCUGGCUGAAAAUGCAGUGGUCCGAGUGGGGGAUCGGGUGGAAAUGCAUGGUGGAGAGCCGGAUGUGGCCCAGGCUGCCCUUGUGGGUGUUGAGGGUGCUGAGCCUGCCCCUGAUGUUAGAGGGACCUUCCCAGCCAGUGAAGAUCCUGGCCAGGCUGCUGCUGCUGUUCUUGAGGAAGCUGCUGAGGAUACUCCUUAUAGUGAUGGUGACACAAAGGAAGGCCCUGACUCUGAUGAGGCCAGUGUCUUCCCUGUUACCCAGAGAGAUGAAAAUGUGUCCAUCCCUGCUGGCUCAGGCCAGGCAGCGCCCACCGAUGGCUCUGAUGUGCCUACUGAAGGCCCUGAUGUGCCUACCGAGGGCUCUGAUGUGCCUGACAGCAUGGUCCAUGCAGGAGCGGAAGAAGCAGAGCAGCCUGUACCAGAGGGACUGAAGGAAGAGUCAGAAAAUGAGUAUGGGGCAUGGGAAGCUAGUCACCCCAAAUCCUUCUUUGGCAAAUAGGCUCAGAAGGUACAGGGGCUUCCUCCUACCUCAGGCAGCUAAGUCUUAGAGGCAGGCAGUGUGAGCCCAAGGCCUGUGCUUUACUCCAAAGGUACAGCAGGGCCCAGAAAAGGUUUUGGUCUGCCUUAAACCAGCUCCCUCCUUCAAAUCCCCAAGGGGUCCUGGCAGCCACAACCACUUCCCAUUCGAGUUAUCCAGGUACCACAUUUGCCACCAAGUGGAGUAGGGAGAGGUACCCUUCCUUUCCCAUGACAAUGUCACCUCCAGAUAUAACCCUAAACUGUUCUGACUUGACUUGCCUGAAACACAUUGCUGAGGUCCAAAGCUCCAAAAUUAAGGAUGUUUCCUGAGAAUCCACCUGUUCUAGUCUGGAAGAUGUGGGAAAGAGGCCAUCCCAACACUUUCAGCUACUUUGUUCUCCCAGCACAGGCAGCCUAUCUCCUCACAUUUGCAGUGCCUAUGCAGGCUGCUUUCUGCCAUGGGGGAUUCACCCUUAUCUCUGCCUCAUAGUGAACCUAGGUAGGCUGUCACUGUCUGUUGUUUUCCAAAUAUGUGCAUUGUUACCUGAGCAGGUCUUUCCCAGAUACCACCAAGUCCAGCAACAGGAGCCAGCAGGAAGAACAGAAGGUGACAAGACACUGGCUGAUGCUUACCUUGUGACUGUCACUUGGUCGAACUGCACAGGCAAAAAUCAUGGACCUGGGAGUGGCUUGAACACCACAUUUUUGUUCCAUUUAAGUUGUUAUUCAUGACUCUUAUUUCCUCUACUUGGUAGGGUAUUAUGUGUUGUGAUUUCUGAUGUUCUAUAACUGACCUGUGUCAAUAAUAGGGCAGGGCCACCCCACAGUGUGUGACCCCUUGAGGUCAUCCUCCAAAGUAAAUGAGUAUUGCCAGAAGCCAUUGUGUUAAUAAGAUGCACAGGUUGGAUUUUUGAAAAGGGAGAAAAUGGUGAGGGGCCCCAACGUGUUUUCAGAACCCAGGAGGAGUGCAGUCUGGGAACUAUAGUUCCUGGUGGCUAUAAUGUGUUUUUGACUAGUGUUUUACC